AUGUCUCCGAAUAGAUGUGAUGGUUUACUGGCAAGGGUUGAUUUUCCGCUUUACACGCUCCAAACGCUUACUAAUAGACACGUAAUAGUUGCUGGCGGUGGUGGAGCUGCAGCUACAGGCGUUGCUAAUGGAUUUGAAAUAUUUGAGCUAUCACACAAUGGAACUAGAUUUGUGGCCGAAGAGGUGAUGAGACAUGAAACAGGUCCCAAUGUUGUAAUGAACUGUUCUGUGAGGAGUUCACAAAAUAAGACAUAUUUAACAGCGGGACAAGAAAGCCAUUGCCAACUGUAUAAAGUGAACAUUCGCAUGGUGGAUGCGGCUGAGAUGCGCCGAGGUAGCUUCAAAGCAGAAAAUGGUCUAAUUAGGAGGAAACGUCGUACUGUGUCAGAAAAUGAUAACAUUUCUAAAAAAGACAGCAACAGUAAUACAACGGAGAAGAGAAUAUCAUUUGAGAUAAGGCCAAGUGACAGUGUUCAGACUGAUUUUAGCAAUGAUCCCUUACAACGAGUGGUCCGGAUCAGCCACAACGGAAAGCUAAUGGCGACGGGUGGCAUAGACGGCAAGGUGCGCGUCUGGAGUUUUCCCAAGAUGCAGAUGCUCUUCGAACUUGAUGGACAUACGAAGGAGAUCGACGACCUCGACUUCAGCCCCUGCGACACAUCAUUGGUGAGCAUCGCGAAGGACAGUCAGGCGCUCGUCUGGUCCACCGCCAGCAAGCGCGCACCACUACUUACUAUUACCUGCCAACCACCGAACGGCAACAAAUACCUGUUUAGGCGAUGCAGGUUCGGAGUGAUAGAGGACAAGCCCGGUGAAUACCGCAUGUUCACGAUCGCCAACCCGCUGUCGCGCUCGGGGCGCCAGCGCGGCGUGCUGCAGGCGUGGGGGCGGGAGGGGGGGGCGGGGGGCUGCGCGCGCGCCACCGAGGCGCUCUCCGCGCUCGCCGUCAGGGACGACGGACGCUUCGUCGGCGUCGGCACCAUGUUCAGCGGCUCCGUCGACAUCUAUGUCGCUUUCAGUUUACAGAAAGUGUUACACGUGAACAACGCCCACAUGAUGUUCGUGACUGGCCUAGAGUUCCUGCCGGUGCGGGGCUACGGCCCACCCAUCACCUCCCGGAGCGAAGUCGCGUUGCUAUCCAUAUCCGUAGACAACUGCCUCUGCAUCCACUCACUGCCUUAUAGAAGUACUGUACCUGCCUGGGUUGCCAUCUUAUUAAUAAUAUUCGUACUGUUUUGUACGUUCACCUUAUGUUCAUACAUGGGCAUUUAA